AUGGCACUUGGAAAAGGCUUGUUGUUUAAAAAGAAGGGUGAAUUGGAAGUUGUAGGGUACAUAGAUGCUGAUUGGGCUGGUGAUAAGACUGACAGACGGUCUACAUCUAGGUAUUUUACAUUUGUUGGAGGAAACCUUGUGACUUGGCGUAGUAAGAAACAAAAAGUGGUUGCAAAAUCAAGUGCUGAAGCAGAGUUUCGAGCUAUGGCACAUGGAGUUUGUGAGAUGCUAUGGAUUCGUAAUGUAUUAAAAGCAGAAUUGGUUUUCAAACUUAAGAAACCCAUGGACUUGCAUUGUGAUAGCACGUCUGCUAUUGAAAUUGCUCAUAAUCCUGUUCUGCAUGACCGGAUACAGCAUGUGAAGGUAGAUUGGCAUUUCAUUAAGGAAAACUUGGACAAAAAAAUCAUUUGUUUCCCUUUCACGUAUACGAAAGAUCAAUUAGCAAAUGUUCUCAUAAAAGGAGUGUCAAGGAAAGUGUUUGACAACUCGGUUGGUGAUCCAAUGAAAAUGGCGAUGGUUAACAUCAACAGUAGGCUUCCUCCCAGUUUAAAAUUCAUGCAACUGUCUCAGAAUCUCACUGCUUUGCUACCAUAUCUCUCUUCUUUGGCCGAUAUUAUACCAAAAGAAACUCUUCUGUGGAAGCUGAAGUUGCUCAGAUCAGCUUCUGGUUAUGCAAAUUCCCGUCUGCAUGCUGUUAAAGCUGAAGUACUUGUGCUGGCUAGUGACAAGGAUAACAUGGUACCUAGUCAAGAUGAAGCGGAACGGCUAAGGAGCUCAUUACAGAACUGUACAGUUCGUCACUUCCCGGACAAUGGGCAUACCCUUUUACUGGAAGAUGGGGUUAAUUUGUUGACUGUUAUAAAACGUACUUUCAAAUUUCGCCGGACGAGGAAGCAUGAUAGUUUCUCAGAUUUCCUUCCUCCUAGUAUGACAGAAUUUAACUAUACAUUUGAUCAAGAAGUCGGAUUGUUACGCUUUGCUGCUGGUUCUGUUCUUUUCUCAACAUUGGAAGAUGGAACAGUAGUGAGAGGUCUUGCAGGAGUUCCAAAUGAAGGACCUGUGUUAAUUGUUGGCUAUCACAAUUUAAUGGGGCUGGAACUGGUUUCUUUAGUUGAAGAAUUUUUAAGAGAGAAGAAAAUAAUGUUUCGUGGUUUAGCGCAUCCAGAACUGUUGUUGGGGAAGAGCUCAAGUCAUUUUGACAUUCUCAAAUUAUUUGGUGCAUUACCUGUUACGCCAAGAAAUCUAUUCAAAGCACUUUCAUCAAAAUCACAUGUUCUCCUGUAUCCUGGUGGUGCACGUGAAGCUCUCCAUUACAAGGGUGAAGAAUACAAGUUAUUCUGGCCUGAUCAACCUGAAUUUGUCAGAAUGGCUGCACGUUUUGGGGCCACAAUUGUACCAUUUGCAGCUGUAGGAGAAGAUGACUUACUGGAAUUGGUUCUCGACUACAAUGACAUAAAGAAUAUCCCUGUGGUGGGUGACUAUUUCAUCAAUGCUAAUAAUGAUGCUGUAAAUUUGAGGGAGGAUACAAGUGGAGAAGUUGCCAAUCAAAACCUCUUUAUUCCGGGAGUUCUGCCUAAGUUGCCAGGCCGUUAUUACUAUUUGUUUGGGAAACCAAUAGAAACAAAAGGAAGGGAAGAGAUCCUGAAAGACAAAGACAGUGCAAACAAAUUGUAUUUGGAGAUACAAUCUGAAAUUGAAAAAAGUUUAGCAUACUUAAUCAAGAAGCGGGAGGAGGAUCCUUACAGGAAUAUUAUUGACAGAACAGUAUAUCGGGCACUGCAUUCCCCUCUAAAUGAAGUUCCAACAUUUGAGCCUUGAAAUGGUUUUGAGUAAACUCUUCUCGGUUUUCACAGUACAAUAGUACCAAGUAUUUCCUGGGGACAAGGAUGAUGCUGUGGCCAAACAAGAUCAUUAUGUCUCUUGAUUCUGAAUCUUGAGUUGCAAACUAGCGAUGGAGUCUCAGCUGAUGCAUUGUCGCAUUGACACUGAACCUGCAAAUAUCAGACCAGUGCAUGCCCUUUACAAGGGAAAUGACCUUGGUGAUAUGUAUAUUUCACAGGUGAUAGUGAACUUUAGGGUAACGUCUAUACACGAUAGAAUUUAGAUGUUUCAACCCUAGGCUAUUUUAUACUGUUCAUAGCUUAAUAUGUACUACUGAGCAUCACACAGAUGUACCAUGUACGACACUCGUAUCUAAUAGUUAUGCUACCUCUUGGAAAUC